GUACUGAAUCUAUCGACGGCAUCGUUUCUAAAACUAAAACAGAAAAUGAGAAGAGUCUCGUUGUUCUGUUUCAAGCCGCUCGUUAAAAGGCGUUGAAUUUUUUUGUUAAAGCGAAAAUCGGAGCCCUUUGAAGUUUUGAAUGCUAGAUUGCUUUCAUGGCGACAGCUUCACCACCAUCUGUACGCUCUCUCCAUAAGUCUUUUUUCCCGAAAUCCCCCCGUCUUCCUCAUAAUUCGCACUUUCGUUCUCCUCGCUGGCGUUCUUCUCUCCGCUCCCGCUGUCCGAUUCGUGCCACUUCAGCUGUUGCUCUGGAGCCGGAAUCAAGCACUCAGCGGAAUCAAAACAUGGAAACUGACUUGUUUGCAUGCCCAGUGUGCUAUCAACCGCUGAUAAGAAAAGGCCCUCCAGGUUUUAACUUGCAAGCUAUCUAUAGGUCUGGAUUCAAGUGCAAAAAAUGCAACAAGUCAUACACCAGUAAGGAUGUCUACCUUGAUCUAACUGUUACUGCUGGAUUGAGGGACUAUACUGAGGUCAAACCAGCUCGGACUGAGCUAUUCCGGAGUCCUUUUGUAUCAUUCCUGUAUGAAAGGGGCUGGCGUCAAAAUUUUAAUCGAAGUGGCUUUCCAGGCCUUGAUGAAGAGUUCAAAAUGGCUCAGGAAUAUUUCAAACCAACUGAAGGUGGAAUUUUAGUAGAUGUUAGCUGUGGAAGUGGUUUGUUUUCUCGAAAAUUUGCCAAGUCAGGGACAUAUUCUGGAGUAGUGGCACUUGACUUUUCUGAAAACAUGCUCCAGCAAUGUUAUGAUUUCAUUAAGCAACAUGCAUCCCUUUUAGAUAGCAAUCUUGCUCUUGUGAGGGCAGAUGUUUCUAGGCUUCCUUUCUCAUCUAGUUCUAUUGAUGCUGUUCAUGCUGGUGCUGCCUUGCAUUGCUGGCCAUCUCCUUCCAAUGCUGAUUUCACAUUUGCCAUAGAAGUCAAGGAAGAGCAAUAUUUUACUAGAAGUGAAGCAUGAAUUUGGCUAGCUGCAGUAUCUGGAAAUUUACUCAUGACAUGAGCCCCCAGACAAGAAAUUUUUGUUGCCUAAAUCUGUUGAUUACUUUCAAAUGAUUGGCUGGCAGUCUGUUGUGCCUUAAAUACCCAUGUAAAGUAUUAAGUUAUUGUCCUUUUAAUCUUUGGCUUGGACCUUGAUUUUUCUAUAUACCUGAAAUAUCUUGAUUUCUUAAGUUUCUUUCUCAUUAUUAAAUCUGAAUUCUCUCUUCCCUUACUAUGUUAACAUAAUCAUGUUACAUCGGUCCCUCCACACCAUAAUGAGGGUGUGAAACUGUUCUGAAUUCCUUGUUCAGAUAGUGUUGUUGCCUGUCCUUAUAUUUGUACCUUUCAGGUUGCUGAAAUUAGUAGGAUAUUAAGAAGUGGUGGAGUCUUUGUUGGAACUACGUUUCUUCAAUACACUUCUUCCACUCCCUGGAUGGUACGACCUUUAAGACAGAGGAUUCUGCAGAACUACAGCUACCUGACAGAGGAAGAGAUUGAGGACUUGUGCACAUCAUGUGGUCUUACCAACUAUACAAGAAAAGUUAAGCAAUCCUUCAUAAUGUUUUCUGCGCAGAAACCUUGAAAGGUGAAACUAGUUUUGGCCAAUUUAAAGUAUUAGUUGUUCCAUAACUGGCUUUAUCAUCAUCAAGUCAGUCCUCGUGAAUUUUUCUAUAAUCUAUAAUUAAUUUGAUAAAGUCUGUCAACCAAGAACUCCUGUAAAGUUUAUAUAGCCUCGUAAAGAUGUGAAGUAUAUGCUUAUUAAUGUAAUAUGAGCAGUAUUAGCUGCCUGAUACAGUCAGAACUAAUGAUUGUUUAACGCCAUUAAAGUCUCAGCGUUAGAGGCAUAACGGCUAUUGUAAUGGUCCAUGUGAACUUGCUGUUGCUUUCUUCCCCGCUCUCUUAAUUGUUUACUUGUAUUUGAAUUUAAUAAUUAUAUACUGGCAUGUAAACAGAAUACGAAGCUUUCUGGACAUUAAGUUAAUGAUGGUUAUUAUAUUUAUAUCUUGUGUGAGGAAUUACUAUGUGAGCAUUUUUAGGUCAUGUUUUUUUUUUUAUAGAAUAUAAAUAUAAAUAGUAUUUUCUCAA